AUGUCAGCGGUACCGGUCGUUUGGUGUUCCGAUCCGAACUCCUCGGAAAAGAAGCAACCGUUCGCGCUGCAGGGCAUCCAGCUGCAGGGUAACAUCACCGAGAAGCAUGUGCUCGCGAUGAAGGAGCUGAUCAACGCCGCGUCGGAAGGUCGUCUGCUGCUACCGACCGACGGUGCCAUUGUCCUGCUCGACUGCGGGCUCAGCAUCGGCAGCAUGGUGAUCGAGGGGAAGGCGGGCAAGGAGGUUGCGGCCGCCGCGUCCACCACAGCGCCGGACGACGCCGGUGGUAAUCAUAAAUCAAUUCUGCCCUACCGUCCCGCCGCGGCCAAUAAUUGUGAACCGUCGCCGGUCGACGGGCGAGACUGUAAUAAUCAUAAUAGUAGCAGUAGCGAUGAGUCUGAUAGAAUAGCCACUAGUGAUAGGCAACGGCGGCUGGCAGCGGCCGAGAAGCUGCGCGUCAUGCUCGAGCAACAGCUCGACGGUGGGGACAUUGAUCCGGAUCAGCCAAAUGCAACGGUAUCUCAGCGGGAGGAUGGAGGAGAGGAGGAGGAGGAGGAAGACCAAGGUAGUACGAAACGAGAUAAUGGUGGAGAUGAGAAUGCGCUGGAUGUGCGUUUGGGUGCUGCUGCUGAGCGGGAGAUUGAUUUUCCAAUCGAAGAAGACGCCAAGCAAACGCUUGAUGUGGAGGGCGGCGAGGAGGAGGAGCAGGAGGGAAGUGAAGAACCCGGCGCGGUAGAGCGAGUGGGUUCUGCGUUAGGAGGGGCAGGGCCCGAACUCCUGUACGAAUUUCUGUGCUGUGCCAAAUGUAUGAACGAUCCGUCGUCCAGCUGCUCCAACAUGCCAAGUCAUCGAACACGCAGUCUGACGGCGCUCAACAACAGCUCCAAACUGUUGUCUCGGGUGCUGAAUGGUCGGGCAAAGGCGCGAUUUUACUGCGAUCCCGUGUAUAGCAUUUCAAACCUGUACUUUAAGCGCUUCAUCAACUACAAAAUCACCAAAAGCCGCCGUCCGGUGAUACGCAAAAGUUCAAGCCGAAGUGAUCGGUCGUCCGGUGGCGAUGCGGCAGGAGGAGGAGGAGGCAUCAGCACCGCUCCGGACGGUGGUGGAGGUGUCAAAAAAAAGCAUUACGCCGACGGAUCGCCGGUGUACGCGACAGUCAACAAGAAGCUGAAGCUGAAAUCACGGCUCGAUGCACUGCGGCGCAGCGGUCACAUGAUGGAGGGUAGUCGAAGAUUGCGCGGCAGUAAGAGUGACACUUUACGGCUACAAAAGCAGCAGGAACUUGCACCGGAAGCUGCCAACCCAUUGCCGGAAAUCUUCAUCACCGGUACGUCCGGAUCGCAGACAAAGCCGCUGGGCAGCUCCAGUAGAAAGACGAGCUUCGACUCCACCUGUACGGUUAGCUCGAUGGAUUCGGGUUUUAUCGAUCAGCAGCAACGUCAGCAGCUAAAGCAACAGCUGCAGCAACUGCAGCAGCUAAAGGUGAGUCCCAGCGCGGCCGAGGAACAAUCUCCCGGUGGUGUCGGUGCCAGUGAGCAGGAGGAAGAGGACGGUAGCGACCGGUUGAACGAUCUGUCGCAAGUGCAGCUCAAAGAGUGUCUGGUGACGCAGUCGCGCAAUCGGCGCAAAUCAUACGAAGAGUUUAAGUCACUGUUCCGGCAGGAGGUAACACCCGGUGCCGAAGUUGCUGGACACGCUGGACGCGCCAACAACACGGCCGGGCUACCGCUGCCGAGUGUGGACGAGAAGGAAAGCGUUAAGGCGCGACGCAAGUCAUACGAGGAGUUCAAGGCGUUAGUCAAAAUUUGUGAUACUAGCUUUAGCAGUUUGAAGACGACGGCCGAGGAGGAGCCGGAAAAGGAGCAGAAAGAGGAGGGAGGAGCACCUGAGGAGGAUUUGCGGGGGCGACGAUCGGCAACGUUGCCUGCAUCACCGACCACCACCACCAACACCGUGGGGAACCUUUUCAAGAUGAAGCGCAAGAAUUCGCGACGUCUCAGCUUGAAGAAACCUUCCCCAGUGGGAGUCACGGGAGGUGACAUCCAGCGGUCUGAGUCGGGUCGGGAGGUGGUGAAGGGUAGCACCAUUUACGACAUUCUCCGAAGCGAUCGGAAGUCGUCGGUGUCGAGUCCACUGAUCAAGGAUCUUGGACAGCUAGCGCUCACGCGUACGGCGGAUGAAAUCUACAGAAAGAACUAUAAAAUAUACGACAAGCUGAUCUCGUACGGCAGCAAAGCCUACAAGCGGUACGACAAGUACAUGACGUACGGCACCAUCUAUGAGAUCCUGCACCGCAAGUCGGACGCCGCCGAGGAUGUGUUUCUGCGAAAGCGUGCUCUGUCGGAGAAGUACGCCAAGCGCAAGGUCGGAACCGCUUCCCAUUAUGGCUCGGUCAAGCUGGGCACGAUCUACGACAUUUUGCAGGGCAAACACCAGCAGCUGCAGAUCGAUGCGAGCUCGCGGAAGAAGUCGGCACCGGGUCCGGACGAACCGCCACCGGCGACACUGUCCACGAUCUACGACAUCAUUCACUCGAAGAAAGCUGCCGAUCCUUCGUCGCCCAAGGAUAAGGCGGGCGCGAAGAAUCGAUUUUUGGUGAAGAAAAUCACUGAGGAAGAGCUGCACUUGAGCAACGAAAAUAAUCGCAACGAGCUUAACUUGGCAUCUGGGACGACAUCGGGUGCUGCGAAGGCAGCAGGGCUCGAUCCGAGUGGCGUACCGAAGGCCUCCGAUCCUGCGGUCGACGGUGGUCCACCCUCUCCCGACUACACGACCCCAAAAUCGGUCGGACAGGCAAGAAAGCCCGCACGUACGCGACGUUUCUCGAACAUUCUCUCGUACAGCUCGCAUACAACUUCACCGAAGACAUCGAGUGUUGCGGCCAGCACCACACCGAUCACCAUCGACGAACCGCGCCUCGACAGCCCGCGCCUGAAGCAGAUAGCGGCCAGCGAUGAGGAUCUGUACAAAAGUGCCACGGCAAAGCUGCGGGCCGCCCAGCAGCAGGUCCAGCGCCAUCAGCUGUCGGUGGAUGAGCUGUACGCGCGGAUCGGCAAGCUGCGAAAGUCAGCAACCGUCUCGUCCGCGCUGUGCACCAAAAUCGACGAAGUCGCCGGGGAAGGUGUCGGCGAAACAAUGGCCGCCGACCACCCGGUUAAAGUGCUGGAACCGCUGCAGCCUACCCGGGCCCGCCAUCACCUGAACGUGCCCGGGCGGCGCGAGCUGCUGGGGCCGGCGGAUGAAAUCCAACCGGGAACGAUCUUCAAAUCGAACUCGCUGGAUAUGCUCGCGCCCAAGAAGCUGUCGCGAACGGCGCGCUGGAGUAAGCAUAUGCACGAGGCGGCUAGUGGGCUGAGCGGCCCCAUCCGCAAACUAUCGCCAUUGAUUAUGCCGAUGAAAAAGGGUGGUGAUCAAAAGAAGAGCACCCGACGGCUGUCCGAGUUCACGCGGGGUGAAUUUCUCAACGAGAAACUAUGGUACUUCCGCAAGAUCAAAAGAAUAGAGGCGGAGAAGAAGCUGCUGCUGCCGGAGAACGAGCACGGUGCAUUCUUGAUCCGCGACUCGGAAAGCCGUCACAACGAUUAUUCCCUAUCCGUGCGCGAUGGCGAUACGGUUAAGCACUACCGCAUCAGACAGCUGGACGAGGGCGGUUUCUUUAUCGCCCGAAGGACCACAUUCCGCACGCUGCAGGAGCUGGUGGAGCACUACUCGAAGGAUUCGGACGGUUUAUGCGUGAACCUGUGCAAACCGUGUGUACAGAUCGAGAAACCUGUCACGGAUGGUCUAUCUCAUCGCACACGCGAUCAGUGGGAAAUCGAUAGAACGUCCCUGAAGUUCGUGCGCAAGCUCGGUUCCGGACAGUUUGGCGAUGUAUGGGAGGGACUGUGGAACAACACGACCCCGGUCGCCAUCAAGACACUCAAAUCGGGCACGAUGGAUCCGAAAGAUUUCCUUGCCGAGGCACAGAUCAUGAAGAAGCUGCGGCACACCAAGCUGAUCCAGCUGUACGCCGUCUGCACGCUGGAGGAACCGAUCUACAUCAUCACAGAGCUCAUGAAGCACGGCUCAUUGCUAGACUUUCUGCAGGGUAAAGGCAGAUCAUUGAAGUUGCCACAGCUCAUCGAUAUGGCGGCCCAGAUUGCGGCCGGCAUGGCAUACCUCGAGUCCCAGAACUACAUCCAUCGUGACUUGGCCGCACGUAACGUGCUGGUCGGUGAUAAUAAUAUCGUAAAGAUUGCCGAUUUCGGAUUAGCUAGAUUAAUCAAAGAAGAUGAAUAUGAGGCGCGCGUUGGGGCCCGCUUCCCGAUCAAGUGGACCGCCCCGGAAGCAGCAAACUACAGCAAAUUUUCGAUCAAAUCCGACGUGUGGAGCUUCGGCAUCCUGCUAACAGAGCUGGUCACAUACGGCAGAAUACCGUAUCCGGGCAUGACAAAUGCCGAAGUGUUGACACAGGUCGAGCACGGGUACCGUAUGCCACAGCCACAGAACUGCAACACACCGCUGUACGAGAUUAUGCUCGAGUGCUGGAACAAGGACCCGAUGCGGCGACCCACGUUCGAAACGCUCCAGUGGAAGCUGGAGGAUUUCUUCACCAUGGACCCAAGUGAAUACAAGGAGGCCGCACCCUUCUGAUAAAUGUCCUGCCGCGCCAACGAUCGUCCAUCGUCGCUACCGUCGAUGCCCGGAGCAGAAACAACGUCUCACAUCCAAACCGUCAUCAGCAACAAAGCCAACAGUGGGAUAGUAACCCGCCGGAAGAGGAAGUAACAAAAGCAAGCGGCGGUUUUGCUUCCCAUUUGUUUUUCUUCGCUCUUUUCUAUCCCAUACUACUACACCUGCCGUUGUUGUACUUCCGGUCGUACACGAUUGGGGUGUACUGCUGCUUCCUGGAUACUGCUGCUACCAACAUCACUCACUCGGGUUAGCAUAGCUCUCUCUCUGCUGCAGCAGAGUGGGCACAGUAUAUUUGGCUAUUUAUUUAGGUUUCUACAAACGAGUAGGCAAACACACACACACACAUACACACAUACAUUCAGUCACAUUAGCUCUCAUACAUUUACAUAUGUAAUGCGUAUUAAAUAGGUUUACGUUUAGAACGCGUGUCACGGAAGUCGCGCACAAUCGGCGUGUUAUUAGUUAGUUUGCGUGUUUCGAAGCUCGAAAGGAAGUUGCUAACGGGGUAGAGGAUUGUAAUCUUCUUUCCUUUCCCCGUUCCCGGCCCUGGGCAGUGACACGAAAUCGGACUGAAGACGAAGCAUAUUAGGGAGGGUGAUGCCAAUCGUGUGCGCGGCCAAUCAUGUGGGAAGGGAAACGCUAGUUAUGUAGCAAAUGCGUGUGCGUGUCACAAACGUCGUGAGAGACUACAUAUUUUCAGGUUAGGUAUUUCGUGUUUAUGUUUUGUUUUGUUAUACACACGUAGUAGAUGCUCCUAUUUUUUGUCUGUAAUUUAGUUUGAUGAUCUAUUUUUUUUUUUGUUCGCCGAACUGUCGUUUGUUCUUGAUAUAACGCGGAACACCUCUAGCAUCUUCAUUUAUGAACUUUCCGAACUUUCAUGAAACGAGAAAAAGUUUGUAAUCGCAACUCGAAUCAAACUGUUAGUUUAUGAACAUCACACGAUUGGUAUAGCAGGGCGGGGAUGCCGAAUUGUAUGAGUACAUUCUUCCACUGUGGGGUGCUGUGUCUGGGUUUUGUUGCCCUUAUUACGAAUAAUUUACUUUACAGCUCUUAUUGUUGCUCCUCUCUCGGGCAGCUCCGAUGCCCCAUUUGUGUUAGCUGGCAGGCCUAAGCUUAGAGAUAGUGCGUCCGGCGCGAGCCAAGAAGAAAAAAAAACCCAGAAGCAAAACGGUCCAACGUAUCAUUCCGCGCAUCGAAAUACAUCGAGCAAAGAUCCUGAUAGUUUCUUUUAAAGGUAGCUUCCUCAAUGAAGCUUUAAAAGAUUCCUUUCUUUCUCUUGUUUCCAGUUUGACUCCCAAAAACAGUAACACGAACACAACGAGAUUAACAAGGCAAUUAGUUAAGGCGCCCCCAAGGAUACCUUUAGAGAAGGAGAGUUUUGCCUAGAUAUAUCGAUAAGCCGGAUGCAUUAGCAAAUGGACGAAACGAACAAUCAAGUGUGUGUUUGCAAAGGCACUGAAAUAACCGAACUUCGAAUUGUGACUCGCGUACUCGCUUCGGCUUUAGACAGCAAGAAAAAAAAUGCGGGUGCAUUUACAUUUAAGCGCGGUACGUGUGUUUUUAAACAAUCGUUCUCUGGUAUCAUCCGGUAGCUGGUAGUUUCCGUUUCUUUACAGUCCCAAUUCCCCAACAGAUACACAGAUUUAACCUGAAGGAACUAAACGAAAGCAUGUUAUAAGUGUAAGUGUAAAUAUGUUACAAUCGUACUCGUACAGUCCCUUUUUCUCCCCGUCAGGAAGUUGUGUAGGAGCGUGAACGAUAACAUGUGGGAAAAGGUACUCGGAACACAGUGCACAAACAAACGUCUCCCCUUAUAAUUGGCCCAGUAAUUGUAGCACCGAUUAAGGUAUAUGGUUUUAGCAUUCUAUUUCUAUCCAUUCUCCCGGCGAACCAAUUCGAUAACUUGACCCGGUACGAGAUGUAAUGGUUUGAGUGGAAAUCGUUUCGGAAAAAAAGAAACAACAAAAUGCAACACAAAAUGAUCUUCAAAGUCGGAAUGUGUGGAUGAGACGCACAGAGAGAUACAAACAUAAUGAUACAAAUGCUCUUACUCUGUGUAUGAUGGAAACAACAAAAUAUUUACAAUGCUGUAUUUAACAAAAACUAAACACAUUGGACACUCAAAUCGGCCAAAUCAAUGCAAGCGAUAUUAUUAUUAACACAUGUUCGAGCCUCAUUGUAAUCUUGUAAAGGGGAAAGCUAAUCGUACGAUGUUUUUUGCAUAUAUUGAAAGCGGUGUAAAGGUGAAUAAAUGCCAAUUGUGUGUAUGUUGUAGGAAAACGGACAAUGCCGGGAGUUAGGGAAAGGGACAACGGAGUUGACAAACGUUUUUGCUAUCGAUUAUGCUGCAUUACGCUGACCAUAAAAACGAAACAAA